AUGAACAUCUUGACUCUAGCAGAUCUAAGUGACAAUGGGGCGCCACAAUUACGCACGAAUACGGACGACGACGAAGAAUUUCUGAUUGCAAGUUUCACUAACAUUGAGAUGUACGCUUCAUUUAGCAAUACGAGCGAAGAUAACGACGAAGAAUCGCAGACGCUGCUGUACAGUGGAUCGACGGGUGCUUUAUUCGUGACCACACAGCGCAUAAUUUGGCUCAACGCUGAGCAGUCCGUGGGUGGUUAUGGGUGGGAGAUGAGUUCUGUGACAUUGCACGCUAUCUCCAGAGACCCUGCUGCAUUUCCAAAGCCCUGUUUGUACUGUCAGAUCAGUAAUCAGGACGUAUCAGAAGUACACUUUGUUCCUGUGGAUGACAAGACGUUGUUAAAGGUAUUUGACGCGUUCAGCAAGUCGGCAGAGAUGAAUCCUGAUGAUGACGAGGAGGAGGACGAUGGAUGGAUUUGUGACGAGGAUGAAGUAGCUGAUGGAGCGAGAGCUGCUCAAUUGGCAGCCCGUUUUGAUUCAAUGCUGGGUUUUGAUGAUCCAGUUCCGGAGUUAGGACAGUUUGACGACGCAGAUGAAGAUAGUCUACUGUAA